UGGUUAUGGAUGCCUCAUUACGUGUAGCCACCAAACCCAAAGAUCGAGCAGGUAGGUGACCCGUUCGACGCAGUGGGAGCGGAGCUGAGCAAAGCUCCGGCCGCGACCUCGAGCAAGACGACGAUGGAGCCAAGCCGCCCGCGCCUCCCUCUCCUCCUCCUCCUCCUCCUCCACUUCUCGCUGCUCGCCUCGCCGUGUUCCGCGCGGUGGCGAGACGGCUGCGGCGUUGGCGAUCUGCGCGAGAGCUUCCUCCGGUGCGUCGCGCGGCGGUCGCCGGCGACCGCCGCCGACCCGUCGCGGCUCGUGCACGCGCCGGGCGACGCCUCCUACCCGUCGCUGCUCGACUCCACCAUCCAGAACCUCCGCUUCGCCUCGCCGCGGACGCCCCGCCCGGCGCUGGUGCUCACGCCCGUGACCGCCGACGAGGUGCGCGCCUGCGUCGUCUGCUGCCGCGCCCACGGCCUCACCGUCCGCGCGCGCAGCGGCGGGCACGACUACGAGGGCCUCUCGUACCGCUCGCUCGGCCGGUCCCCGAGGUUCGCCGUCGUCGACGUCGCGGCGCUCCGGGCGGUGCGGGUGGACGCGGCGAGGGGCGUGGCGCGCGCCGAGGCGGGGGCCACGCUCGGGGAGCUCUACUACGCGGUGGCGGAGGGGAGCGGCGGGCGGCUCGGGUUCCCCGCCGGAAUCUGCCCGACGGUCUGCGUCGGCGGGCACCUCAGCGGCGGCGGGUUCGGCCCGAUGAUGCGCAAGUACGGCCUCGCCGCCGACAACGUGGUGGACGCGGAGGUGGUGGACGCCGAGGGGAGGCUCCUGGACAGGGCGGCCAUGGGGGAGGGCCUCUUCUGGGCGAUCAGGGGCGGCGGCGGCGGCAGCGUCGGCAUCGUCGUCUCCUGGACCGUCAACCUCGUCCCCGUCCCGGCCGUCGUCUCCGCCUUCACCGUCCACCGCCUCCUACUCCGGCGAGGUGGCCACGACGAGCAAUCUCUCCUCCGCCUCCUCACCAAAUGGCAAGCCGUGGCGCACGCUCUCCCCGACAACCUGUUCGUCAAAAUGUCCAUGGAGGCCAAGACCAUCAACGACGGCGACGACUCAACUCGUCAUCCAUUGGUGACGUUCAAAUCAUUGUUUCUUGGAAAUUGCAGCGACAUGAUCACCCAAAUCGACCACCAUUUGCCCGAACUCGGCAUCAAACCAACCGAUUGCAGGGAGAUGAACUGGCUGCAAUCCAUGCUGUACUCCUACGGCUACACCAAUGGCCAACCAGCAGAGGUGCUUCUUGACAGGACACUGCAACCCAAGGACUACUACAAGAUCAAGCUCGACUACCUAACCUCACCAAUUCCGACACCCGGCCUGAUCGAAUUGCUCACCAAGAUCGUCGAAGACGAAGACGGCUCCAUCGACAUUGACCCACAAGGCGGCGAGAUGAGCCGGAUACCGGAAUCCGGCACGCCGUACGCUCACCGGAGCGGAUACCUCUACAACCUGCAAUACUUUGUCAAGUGGGGAGGUGACAAGAAUGUGUCCUAUGAGGAUGAUCAUCUGAGCUGGGUGAGGGGGUUGCAUGAGCUGAUGACACCCUAUGUGAGCAAGAACCCCAGGGCUGCAUACAUCAACUACAGGGACCUGGAUUUGGGGCAGAAUGUGGAGGGAAACACAAGCUAUGAGGAGGCCAGGGUGUGGGGGGAGAAGUACUUCAGGGGAAACUUCAGGAGGCUGGCAAUGGUGAAGGGUGAGGUGGAUCCUGAUCAGCUGUUCUGGAGUGAGCAGAGCAUCCCUCCUCUGGUUGUGAGCACAAGGGAUGCUGGAUUGGUUUCAGAUAGCUGAUGAUGGUUCAGUCUGCAGCUUGAUGUAUAGUAAGAAUCUGUGCCUUUUCUUCAGCAUAUAUUUCUCCAAUAAUGUGUGCUAGAAAAUCAAAUACUCCUAGUUCAUCGAAUAGACAAAUCUUUUUUUUUA